UAAUUUCAGUCAGGCAUAAUUUGUGGAACCAACAUGUGAAGGGUCCUUUCGCAGUUCACACGGACACCAACGCUAAUGACCGAUGUUUGUUUUGCUACAACUGGCAGUAUGCCUGCUGAACGCAAGCGCUUAGUAAACAUGGAUGAGAAAGAUGUUUGCCCCCCUAGUAACAAGGAAAAAGAGAAGGACAGAGAUGGGGAGAGAAAACCGGCUUCUGCUCGAGACAAAACAAAAGACGAAGCCAAAAUGAGUGGUAAAAAAGACAGUGGAAAGGAGGAGAAGAGAAAGCGCCUGGAGGAGGAAAAGAAGAAGAAAGAGGAAAAGGAGCGAAGAAAGAAAGAGGAGGAAAAACAGAAAGCAGAGGAGGAACAGAAGAAGAAAGAGGAGGAGGAGAAGAAACAGGAGGAGGAGGAGAGGAAGCUUCAGGAGGAGGAGGCCAAACGACAACGUGAUGAGGAGGCAGCUCUCCUGAAGGAGAAGGAGGAGGGGCAUCAGCUGCACCAGGAGGCCUGGGAGCGCCAUCACUGCAGGAAGGAACUCCGCAGCAAGAACCAGAACGCCCAAGAGGGUCGUCCCGAAGAGGUCUUCUUCAGCCGACUGGACUCCAGCCUUAAGAAGAACACUGCCUUUGUCAAGAAGUUACGUACACUUACUGAACAGCAGCGGGACUCGCUCUCCAAUGACUUUGGCUCCCUGAACCUCAGCAAGUACAUCGGCGAGGCUGUGAGCUCUGUCGUGGAGGCCAAGCUGAAGAUCUCUGAUGUAGGCUGCGCCGUCCACCUGUGCUCCCUCUUCCACCAAAGGUACGCUGAGUUUGCUCCGUUACUGUUACAGGCGUGGAAGAAGCACUUUGAAGCGAGGAAGGAGGACAAGGCGCCCAAUGUGAGCAAGCUGCGCACAGACCUGCGCUUUAUUGCCGAGCUAACCAUCGUUGGCCUCUUCACAGACAAAGAGGGCCUUUCGCUAAUUUACGAGCAGCUGAAGAACAUUAUUGGGACGGACCGGGAGACGCACACUCAUGUGUCGGUGGUAAUCAGCUUCUGUAAGCACUGUGGCGAUGACAUUGCCGGUCUGAUGCCGCGCAAGGUGAAACUGGCUGCUGAAAAGUUCGGCUUGAACUUCCCUCCGAGUGAGAUCAUCAGCACAGAGAAGCAGCAGCCCUUCCAGAACCUUCUACGGGAGUACUUCACAUCACUCACCAAACACCUGAAGAAGGACCAUCGGGAGCUGCAGAACACUGAAAGGCAGAACAGGCGUAUCCUGCAUUCCAAGGGGGAGCUGAGUGAGGACAGACACAAGCAGUAUGAAGAGUUUGCCACUUCGUACCAGAAGCUGUUGGCCAACACUCAGUCCUUGGCUGAUCUGCUCGAUGAAAACAUGCCAGAGCUGCCUCAGGACAAGACUGUGCAGGAGGAGCACGGUCCCGGCAUUGACAUUUUCACCCCUGGUAAGCCUGGAGAGUAUGACCUGGAGGGAGGAAUCUGGGAAGACGAAGACGCUCGUAACUUCUAUGAGAACUUGGUGGACCUAAAGGCCUUCGUGCCUGCCAUCCUCUUCAAGGACAACGAGAAGAGCGGCCAGGGCAAAGACAAGGACGAUGCCAAAGAUGGCAGAGAGGGAAAGGACGCAGCCAGCACCACAGAGGAGCUGGAGCUGGAUCUGGAGGCUCUGGACAUCACAGAUGAACCUCUAGAACUGGAGGGACCGGACGAGGCAGAAAAUGAAGAACUGGCCAAAAAAUUGUUGGAUGAGCAAGAACAAGAGGAUGAAGAGGCCAACACAGGGUCCCACCUGAAGCUAAUCGUGGACGCCUUCAUCCAGCAGCUCCCCAACUGUGUCAACAGAGACCUCAUAGACAAGGCUGCCAUGGAUUUCUGCAUGAACAUGAACACCAAAUCUAACAGGAGGAAGCUUGUCCGAGCCCUCUUCACCGUCCCCAGGCAGAGGUUGGAUCUUCUGCCCUUCUACUCUCGGCUGGUGGCGACUCUUCAUCCCUGCAUGUCAGACGUGGCCGAGGACCUCUGCUCCAUGCUGAAGGGAGACUUCAGGUUCCAUAUUCGGAAGAAGGACCAGAUCAACAUUGAGACAAAAAAUAAAACGGUCAGAUUUAUCGGUGAACUGGCCAAGUUCAAGAUGUUCUCAAAGACGGACACGCUUCAUUGUCUCAAGAUGCUGCUGUCUGAUUUCACCCAUCAUCAUAUAGAGAUGGCCUGUACACUGCUGGAGACGUGCGGCCGCUUCCUCUUCAGAUCCCCCGACUCUCACCUGCGUACCAGCGUCUUGCUGGAGCAAAUGAUGCGUAAAAAGCAGGCACAGCACCUGGACGCCCGCUACGUGACGAUGGUGGAGAACGCCUACUACUACUGCAACCCCCCACCUGUGGAGAAGACGGUGAAGAAGAAAAGGCCGCCGCUGCAGGAGUACAUCCGUAAGCUGCUCUACAAAGACCUGUCCAAGGUCACCACUGAGAAGGUGCUGAGGCAGAUGCGCAAGCUGCCCUGGCAGGACCCCGAGGUCAAGAGCUACCUGAUCUGCUGCAUGGUCAACAUCUGGAACGUCAAGUACAACAGCAUCCACUGUGUGGCCAACCUGCUGGCCGGCCUGGUGGCCUACCAGGAGGACGUGGGCAUCCAUGUGGUGGACGGAGUGCUGGAGGACAUCCGGCUGGGCAUGGAGGUCAACCAACCUAAAUUCAACCAGCGGCGUGUCAGCAGCGCCAAGUUCCUGGGCGAGCUCUACAACUACCGCAUGGUGGAGUCGGCUGUCAUUUUCCGCACCCUCUUCUCCUUCAUCUCCUUCGGGAUCAAUCCAGACGGCAGCCCCAGCUCGUUGGACCCUCCGGAGCACCUGUUCCGCAUCCGCCUGGUCUGCACCUUGCUCGAUACCUGCGGCCAGUACUUUGACCGGGGCUCCAGCAAGAGGAAGCUGGACUGCUUCCUAAUCUACUUCCAGCGGUACAUCUGGUGGAAAAAGAGCAUCGACGUUUGGACCAAGGACCACCCGUUCCCCAUCGACAUCGAUUACAUGAUCAGCGACACCCUGGAGCUGCUCAGGCCCAAGAUGAGGCUCAGCUGUUCCCUGGAGGAGGCCACCAAACAGGUCACCGACCUGGAGAGGGAGGUGCUCGUCAAACUAGGUCUCGCCAUGGAGAAGGACGGCCGCUCCAGUGCCAUGAGUGAAGGGGAGGUUCUCGACGAGGAAGACGACGACGGCGACGACGACGAAGAGGGCGGCGCUGAGACUGAGGAGCAGUCGGGCAACGAGAGUGAAAUGAACGAGCAGGAAGAGGAUGAAGGGUCAGAGAAUGAGGAGGAGGAGAGGGAGGAAGAGGAAGAAGAAAACACAGACUACCUGACCGACUCCAAUAAAGAGAACGAGACCGACGAGGAGAACAAUGAGGUUACCAUCCGGGGCGGUGGACUGAAGCAUGUGGCCUGCGCUGAGGACGAGGACUUCAUCCAGGCUCUGGACAAGAUGAUGCUGGAGAACCUGCAGCAGCGUAGCGGCGAGACGGUGAAGGUGCACCAGCUGGACGUGGCCAUUCCUCUGCAGCUGAAGAGUCAGCUGAAGAAGGGAGGCUCCGGACAGCCGUGCAUCGGGGAGGCAGAGUCGGAAAUCUCCGACACCAUGCAGUUCGUCAUGCUAACACGCAAAGGCAACAAGCAGCAGUAUAAGAUCCUGAACGUGCCGCUGUCAUCCCACCUUGCGGCCAACCACUUCAACCAGCAGCAGGCCGAACAGGAGGAGCGCAUGAGGAUGAAGAAACUCACGCUGGACAUCAAUGAGAGACAAGAGCAGGAGGACUACCAGGAGAUGAUGCAGUCCCUCGCUCAGCGUCCGGCUCCGGCCAACACCAACCGGGAGCGCCGGCCUCGCUACCAGCACCCGAAAGGCGCUCCCAACGCCGACCUCAUCUUCAAGACUGGAGGAAGGAGACGCUGAUUGGAGUCUGGGUCCAGGCUGAACGAGCGAGUGAAUGAUCGAUCGAGAGAAAGAGAGAGAGAGGAAAAACAAGAUCGGGGGGGAGGGGGAACCCGUCAAAACAGGGGAUGACUCCUCCUGACGCCCACUGAUGCCGGGACAGACCAAACCCCUGACCUGAACACACACUCUUACCGUACUGAGGGGCCCGAGGAGGAGAGGCAAAACCAGUAGCUGGGGUCAGAGGGUCAGGGGUCAGACAGAUGGCGCACUCUUUCUUUUGGACCAGAGAACGAACUACAAAGACGACUGAACAUCUGACCGGCCGACUGAUGGCGAGACACCCAGACGGGUAGGCGGGAUCAACGGAUCACCUCCUGCUGAGGAAAAAGUGACUCAUAUUUAGGAGUUAAAAACCUGCGAGUGCGACAAAAUUUACAGCAAGAGAUCUGGAUAUUUUUAUUUUUGCUUUUGGGACUGUUCAAAUAAAAUUAAAAAAAAAACGGGAACAAGUGUGUUCGGUCAAGCUUUCUGCUAAACUCCACGCUAUCGUCAGGGCAGCGCUGAGAUGGAGGCGAAGGGCGGGAUGGCGAGGGUUUUAACACUUGUUCAUAAACUGUUCGCCCAGGAAUGCAGAGGAGGACGUGAUGACACAGAUGAAUCAUGUAGUUCAAAAGAUCGAAAAGUGGCUGAUGGGAUGCCACUGCUGUGUUGCUUUGGUAUGUCACUGCCUCUCUGCUGGUUUAUGGCACUUAUAAACAGUAUGAUAUGGUAUAAUUCAGUAACACGUUAUUUAUGGAUCUGUAAUUUGGUGUAAUUAUAAAGAAAACAGAUCUGAGAGCUGAAUGGAUUGGUUGAUUGGCAGAAAAAUAAUCUGUUACUAUUUUAAUAAUCAAUCAAUGGUUGGAAGUCAUUUUAAUUCCAUACUAGUUAGGUUCGCCAAUGUGAUCAUCAGCUACUUUUCUUUGUUUUAUAUCGUUCUAAGUUGAAUAUCUUCUGGGGUUUGGACUGUUUUGGUUUUAAAAAAAAAACAGAAAAACAAGCAGUGUGAAGGCAUCACCUUGGGCUCUGCAAGUCGACAGAUUAAAUGAUAAUGAAAACGAUCAUUAGUUGCAGCCCUAGUGUUGAGUUGAUGAGCAGUUGUUGGUUUCCAGAGGAAGUUUCUUGAAAGAAUUUUUCAUUAUAAUUUUUACCAAAUUUCAAACUAUGAAACUUGUAAAACAAAGCGUUGCCAACCAUUCUUAUUGGUAUAUGCCACUGUUGUGAUAACGGUUUGCCUAAUACACAGAAUAUCUCCUGUUUUACUGUCUAUUAAAAAAUAUAUAUUGACAUGAGGCAUGCUGGCAAGUAGCUAGCAUUAAUAGUCAAACUUUGUCUUUCAGACAAGUAGUUCACAUCAAUUAGAGUAGUUUACAAUGAACGUAAAAAUACGGAGUAAGAUGAGAAGAUUGAUACCACUCUUGUAUCUGUACGGUGAAUUUAAGGCAUGUUAUAUCUUGCGGUUAAGGCCGGGAGAAGAUACCAGGCGAGCAGUGGCGACAGCAGGAAGUUCUACUCCCAGAAAAGAAAUAGUCGAGCACAAAUUACUUUUGUCAUUUAACCAAGUUAGAUAUAACGUGUUAAUUAGUGAACUUUAGAGGAGCUGGUAGGUGGGUUUUGUGACCUUUGGACAGAGCCAGACUAGUUGUUUUCUGUUAGUCUUUAUGCUAAGACUUGUACAUCUGAGUGGCAUGUCAGGCAAGCAGUGGAACACGAGUGACACGCUGUUUAUACGCUCCAUAAGCCAAUAAAACAGCAGCUGCAUACCAAAACCCAACAGUGACACAUGGUCUGAAUCAAAAUACACCACGAGAACGUGCCACUUUUCGGUCAUUCAAGCUCCUUGAAGAUCUAGAGGCCUGACUGCAUCAAGUUACCUGAUAAGUGGUGGACACCUUCAGUUUUUUCUAACUUCUAUCCGGCUAGAUGCUAGAAUCAGGAGCAGCUAAGAGUGAGUUUUGACAAUACUGAGCUUGCUUUGAUUUGGAUUUGUGAAGUGUAACAUGGUAACAGUUGUUUUUUGUUUUGUUUGGGACAAAUUGAUAACUGUGUGCCUGAGAGACUUUCUUAGCGGUGACAGUAACUGUAUUAUUUUAUCUGUUGAGCUUGUAGAUGGAUAAAUAUUCUCUGUAUUCUGCUGCAUGGGCCUUGUUCUGCACCAGCUCGUUGUCAUUCUCUGUUGUAGUAAAGCGUCCAGCCGUGGCUCUGACUUAGUUUGUCUGUGUCUAGAUUCAAAUGUAUUGUUCUUUUCCUGCAAGCAAAAGAAGAAAAAAAAGCUUUGUGUCUCGGCUCAUGACAGACAAGAAUUAUCACAAUAAAUGUAUGAAGAUGAA